AUGAAUGCAGAGGUAUACCUGCAGGGGAUAUUUGCCUACUAUGGAGUAGAAGAAGAAGAAGAAGUAGAAGAAGACAACGCCGACAACGAUGAUGACGACGAAAGAAGAAGAUGGAUGAGGGCAAGCGAGGAGGGGAGAAGUGGGGGAUUAGCGGACCGGGAGAGGAUUGGGAUGCACGGAUUACUUAUAGCAUCGAGCAACCAGACUGAUGGGACAAGAACAGGCCGGAAGAUCCGCAGGGAAUUAUUGGAAAGCCUCUGGGGCCGGUCGAUCAGUAUCAAGUCGGGUCAGCUCAAAUCAGAUCAGGCCGAAUCAGGUUCAGUCCGAGUCAGUAGUCAGUCAGUCCCUCACUCACUCUCUCUCAUUCAUGGGCACCGGAAAGCCCAAGAGACAGGCUGA